CGCGGGGCUCGGAGGGGGGCAGGGAGGGGAGGGAACUCCUGGAGGGUCUCGGUCCGGCCCGCGGGACGCCACGGAGAGAAGAUGCAGUGAGGGCGGCCUGGCUGGAGCCGUGGAGCCGAGCGCCACGGGUGGCGGGGGCCGGGAGCUGCUCCCCGCGGGGGCGCACGGCCGCAGGCCCCCGGAGGUGGUGCCUCCCCCCCAAAACACGGGCUGGGAGGGGGCUUCCUCGCGGCCUCUGCCGGGGCUGCGGCAAAGAGGCUGCCCUCAGCCUCCGCUCGGCUCCUUCCCUAGUGGGAGGGCGAGAGGGAAAGAGGGAGGAGAGAGAGGGGGGGAGGAGGGAGCUGGAGAGAGGGGGGCCCCGCGCCAACCGCCGGCGGAUCCAGCCGCUCCUCGGGGAGGACGGGCGGGCGGCCGGGGGAGGGCGCGCCGAGGCCCGCUCCGGAGCAGUGGCCGCGGAUGACGGCAGAGGCGCAGCCAGCCCCGCGCGCGCAGCCCCCUCCCCCUCGCCCUCCUCCCCCCCCUCCUCUUCCUCCUCCUCCUCCUCCUCCUCCCGGCUCGUCGGCGGCGCAGAGCAGCGGCGGCAGCGGCGGCGGCGGCAGCAGCAGCCACCCGAUGUCUUCGGCGCCCGAGAAGCAGCAGCCACCGCACGGCGGCGGCGGCGGCGGCGGGGGCGGCGGCGGCGCGGCCAUGGACCCCGCGUCGUCCGGCCCGUCCAAGGCCAAGAAGACCAACGCCGGCAUCCGGCGCCCCGAGAAGCCGCCCUACUCCUACAUCGCGCUCAUCGUCAUGGCCAUCCAGAGCUCGCCCACCAAGCGCCUGACGCUCAGCGAGAUCUACCAGUUCCUGCAGAGUCGCUUCCCCUUCUUCCGCGGCUCCUACCAGGGCUGGAAGAACUCCGUGCGCCACAACCUCUCGCUCAACGAGUGCUUCAUCAAGCUGCCCAAGGGCCUGGGGCGGCCCGGCAAGGGCCACUACUGGACCAUCGACCCGGCCAGCGAGUUCAUGUUCGAGGAGGGCUCCUUUCGGCGGCGGCCGCGCGGCUUCCGAAGGAAAUGCCAGGCGCUCAAACCCAUGUACAGCAUGAUGAACGGGCUGGGCUUCAACCAUCUCCCGGACACCUACGGCUUCCAGAGCUCCGCGGGCGGCCUCUCGUGCCCACCCAACAGCCUGGCGCUGGAGGGCGGCCUGGGCAUGAUGAACGGCCACUUGCCGGGCAACGUGGACGGCAUGGCCUUGCCCAGCCACUCGGUGCCACACCUGCCCGCCAACGGCGGCCACUCGUACAUGGGCAGCUGUGGCGGUGCCGCGGCCGGUGAGUACCCGCACCACGACAGCUCCGUGCCGGCCUCCCCGCUGCUGCCUGCGGCCGCCGGCGGGGUCAUGGAGCCGCACGCGGUCUACUCGGGCUCCACGGCCGCCUGGCCGCCCUCAGCCUCUGCCGCGCUCAACAGCGGCGCCUCCUACAUCAAGCAGCAGCCCCUGUCCCCCUGCAACCCCACGGCCAACCCCCUGUCCGGCAGCCUCUCCACGCACUCCCUGGACCAGCCGUAUCUACACCAGAACAGUCACAACGCCCCAGCCGAGCUGCAAGGCAUCCCGAGGUAUCACUCCCAGUCGCCUGGCAUGUGUGACCGCAAGGAGUUCGUCUUCUCCUUCAACACCAUGGCGCCCUCGUCCAUGCACUCGGCGGGCAGCGGCUCCUACUACCACCAGCAGGUCACCUACCAAGACAUCAAGCCCUGCGUGAUGUGAGACCACAGCCCGCGGGGCCCUCUGGGCACGGGCGGCCUGGCCCGGGGACCCGGAACCCGUCGCAGAAACUGCUCUAUUCUUGAGGUAUAACCGUACGCAGAAGACAAGGGUCUGACCCCUACCCACCCGGAUUAUUUGGAAAGGAGUCCCCAAGGCAAAGGAAGAGCCAGCUCGGCGGCACCCACUCCCUCAAAAAAUUAACAAGUGGUGGCUGAGGGGCCUGGUCUGACUGCAGCUGUUGGUAAAUAAAAAUCUAUUUUUGAACCAGUUGAAGCCGGCUGAGAAGGUGCUGUGCUGGGGGAAACCCUCGACACCCAAACAAGAAAGCAGCUGAGGUCUCUCCCGGCCUUCCCUCCAGCGGCGAAGGUGGGGGAAGGCUUUCGGAAGAAAGGCAAACAUGUGAGACCGUCAUUAUCAAAUACUUUUAUAUUUUGGUUGAGUAUUUAUCUUUUUACUUUUACUUUUUUUUUUUUUGGAAAGAAUGUCUUGGAACACACAAGUCUCCUCUCAGAGCCGUGUUUCCAGGGGUGGGGGGGGGCAAGAAAUCACGUCUCCCUCCCCAUCUCAGAAGCCCUCUGGCGACCGCAGGUGGACCUUGGCGCGGACUUGCAUUUCUGAAGCCACUGUUCUUCGUACAAAAGGAAACCAGGAGCCCCGACGACGCAGGGCUCGGCCCGUCCCCUCCGCCCUCCUCUGCCUUCUCUACAGUCCUCUUGGUUUUGUCUCGAGUUGCAUUUCGACUUUUUCAGCGGGGGUUUUUCUCACGAGACCCGACUGUCUCCUGAUCUCUACGAUCUCUACUGUACUGCGUGCCCCUUGGGAGCGCGAGGGGAGCCCGGCACGGCGCGGGGGCAGGGAAGGCCGGUGAGCGCACGGAUUCAGGAUCGCGGUGACACAGGAAGGUUAAGGCACUUUUUAAACUAUAGCAAAAGGCUCAUUCUGUUAUUUAUUCUUCUCUUUUCCCUGACAAUCGAAACACCGCAUAGGCUCCUCCGUUUAUCAGUAUUAAUGGUGUAACUUUGUUGGCAAUAUUUGCCGCAUAGAAUUUUUUUUUUUUAGAGAUCCAUUGUAAAUUUGAAACAAAGUCCGAUCUGUGUAAAAACAAAUUUCCAUAUGUUUAUAUAAAUAUAUAUAUAAAAUGAAGGACUACCCCUCCUUUUUUUUUUUUUUUUUUUUUUUUAGUAUUAUGGCUGCUGGGGUGCAGCAUUUGUGACCGUAUUUUAAAUUUCCUUCUGCACUGUAGAAAAUGACAAUUUGAGGAUGUUUUGCCUUUUGUGUAUUUUUUCCUAAAAAAAGAACAAAAAUAAAAAUGUGUAACAUUUGUACAUGGCCUUUAACAUUGUAUCAACCAGAAAUAAAAUCGCAUGAGUAUUUUA